AUGAGUCAGAUACCAGGAAAGGAGUUAAAUGGGACAACUGCCCGAAGUCAAGAUCUGGCUCCUUGUACAACCUGUGGAAGACGUUUUGCACAAGAUGUUCUGCUGAGACAUGAUCCAAUAUGCAAGAAAGUCUUCAACAAGAAGCGCAAGCCCUUCAGCUCUUUGAAACAGAGGCUGCAGGGAACAGAAAUCACCACUGUGAAGAAGCAGCCCCCGCAAAAGAAACAGCCAGGGAAGAAAUCUAACUGGAGGCAGCACCAUGAGGAUUUUAUUAAUACUGUUCAAUCAGCCAAGCAAGUCACAAAAGCUCUGAAGGAGGGCCGCCCUCUUCCGCCUCCUCCCCCACCAAGCAUCAAUCCAGACUAUAUUCAGUGUCCGCACUGCUCACGAAGGUUUAAUGAGGCUGCAGCAGAGAGGCACAUGAAAUUUUGUGAAGAACAAGCUGCCCGCCGUGCCUUUGCUGCAAAGACCACCAGACAGGCUUUGGGCAAGCAACCAGUGACUCAGAAAAAAAACCCAACCUUAACAGCUGCUGUAUUAUCGCUUCAGAAGAGAGUACAAGAAGGUGCCAAUACAGGCAAACCUAGGCCAGAGACCUCUCCAGGAAUACUGCAGAAAACCAGAAAAUCUUUGGGUGUAUCUACUGGAAAAAAAUCUUCAGGAGAGUUUGGGUAA